AGUGUUCGAUACUCGCCAACUUCAGAGCGUGCUCCAGCCUUCCUUGUAGCAGGGUUACAUUUUGCAUCCCCAAAAAAAUCUCUCUCUCCAUACGACGAUAAAAUUCAGCUAUUUGUCAGCUGUUUGGGGUAGGGUACGCGAUAUAAAAGAAAAUGUCGUUUGGAGAAAAAUUGACAGCUAUCAUGCAGAGGCCAGGUGAGGACCUCGUCGCCAAGGACGAUGUACCCUGGUGGUUGAAGUACUCGGGACGAGGUCUCGGUACAGUAGGAGGUGGCAUUGCGAUAAUUAUGGGACUGUUUAAUAUCAUAACUUCAAUUUUCAACGUUUCUUGUAUACUGGGGAGCAUUUGUUUAAUGCUUGCUGGAUUCACUGUUGUUGUUGUCGAAGCUCCUUGUUGUUGCUUAUUUUUAGAUUUCGUACAAAAUUUCAGUGAUAUAGUGGAAAAAAGACCAUAUUGGAACAGAGCUGCCUUCUAUUGUGCAUUAGGUAUUGUGCCAUUAAUUUUGUGCCUAGGUGUCAGCAUCUUCUUUGGUAGUGGAUUAAUUUUUGCAACUGGAUUAAUUUACGGAAUGAUGGCAAUUGGAAAAAAGGCAUCUUUCCAUGAAAUGAGAACAUCAGCAGCAUCAGCGACAGCUUCUCAAGCAUCGGCAUCAACAAGUACGAAGUCAAAUCUCGUUCAAAAUGCUCAGCCAGUGAGUUUUACUAAUCCUCCGGAUAGCAUUGUUUGACCCUUAGGAACAAAUUGGCGUUUUAUUUUACGCCCAUUAAUUGUCAAUAAUAAUUGAAACGAGUUAAUUAAUUUCAUUUUAUAUCAGUGCAGUGGCCAAGCGCAUGAAUAUUUUAUAUGAUUAACAUUUUUUUGAGUCGAUAGUGAUGAAAAAUUCCCAACACGGAAUUAUUGUCACUAGUUUUAAAUUGACUUCGACCUACUUUUAACGAGUUUUUUAAAAUGAAUAUUGAAAAUAAAGACUUAAUAUUAUUCAUGAGUUUGGUUCACUAUUUUGCGAAAUGAUUAAGAAAACGUUCCAUCGUGACAAUUUUUUUUUAUUCUUUUAUUGAAAUUAUUUCUUUAUGUUAUUUAUUUACAAAUGAUGUAAAUUUUAGAGAGAUGAUGAAAACAGUUUUAAAUGAUCAUUUUUUUUUUGUAUCAAUUUUAUGAAAUUGUGAACGAUGGAAUUUUUUUCUUCCAAAGAAUGAAUAAUGCUCUGAUAUAUUAUUGAAUUCCGGAGAUAAAUUCGCAGAUGUAACGUAUCAAAUAGAGUUUAAGAUGUUUAAAGCUAAAAUCUCAUAAGAUAAGGAGAGGAAAUGAUUUUUCUUUUAUGUCAAUGAUACUUUGCUGUCGUCAAUUUUUUUUCUACCUCCGCAGUGUAGUUUGCGUCAAUUUUCCUUUUUCUGAGUUUUUACUUCUUCUCGAUCAGUGUCUUCUAUAUUUUUUUGAAACUAAUUUUUUAUAAGCUUAUUUUUAUCUAGUCAGAAGGAAUAAUCAACUAUUCAAUUUUUUUAACGGAAGGACUAAAAAAUAGAGGCUCGAUGAAUUUUCCGGGGAAAUUUCCUUUUUAUUUCCCUCUUUUUAAUUUACUAUAAAAGUGAAGAAGUAAAGUGAAAACAUAUCAUAUUCAUGCGAGGGCCUCGUACUUAUGACUUUUGUCUUUCAAUUCUUGGAAACAUUUCUUUCAUUAAAAAGAAAAAUUUAUUUUUUUUCGACAUUUUGAAUAUUUGGUCAUAUAUUUUUAAGUAAUUUUGUUUUUAAUUGUACUGAUUAAAAAAUUUUUUCUCUUCCUUUAAUUUUAUUUAUUUAAGAGCAAAAGACUUCGAGAAUCUCCUUACUUUCAUUGUUCCAAUUUUUCAGUGGAAAGAUUUCAUAUUUCAUUGAUAUAGAGUCUAAAACUACAUUUAUCAGAAUAAUUUCUGGAAAAAAGAGAGAAAAAAUUUUUUUCAUUUACUUUUAGUGUUUUUGUAAAAAUUCCAUUUGAAUUUCAUUUGAGAAAAUUAAUUUACUUUUUUUGAGUCAAUUUAGGCCUAAUUAAUAUUAAUUACAUUAAGGAGACUUAAUUUUUAAUUGUGUUAUUUCAAAUGGAAUUCUUUUCCAUCUAGACAAAUUUUUUUUUAAGGUAGAAGAAAAAAAUUCUUUUCUCUUUUUUUGAGGGAAUUAUUCGUAUAGUUAAAUGCGGGCACAGUUGUAUCAUUACAAUAGACAUAAAUUUAAAUAAUUCAAUAGGAGUUGUUAGACUUAUAUUUAUGGCUAAAAACCUGUAUUAGAAGAAAAAUGUAGAAUUAGUCUAGAAUUAUUGUACUCGUUGUGAAUUCGAUUUAUCUUGCGGUGUAUUAUGAUAUUUUGUUAUUUACGAAUAUUCGAGAAGUUGACGUAUUUAAAAAUUGUUAUUACAUUAAAAUAGAAGUAAUUCAAAUUAAAAUAAUUAACUAAUAUAAUCUUCGUAAUUCAAUAAUAAUUCUUUAAUAAUUCCAAAUUUUUUAAUCAUUGAAAAUAUAAUUCAUAAUCUUUCAUAAUUUAGAAUUUAGAAUUUUCGAAAGUUUGACAUUGAAAAUUUUAAUAAUUGUUAGUACGUGUUAUAAUCAAUGGAUCGAAUAUCGUUGAUAACUAAAAUAGAAAUUUCGUUUCUUUUUGUGAAGGAGAAAAAAAACAUUCCAAGCUUUGAAAAUUACUCUAAUCUUGAGAUUAUUUGAUAGAAAUAAAAUGCCGCAGUAUUUAGAGAGUUCUCUUAAUUAUAUAAAUAUAUAUUAUAUAAAUGUCAUUCGUAUUGAUCUAGUUCAGAAGAAAAGUUAAGAAAAAACGAAUUUUAAAUGAAUGUGAAUUCUAUACUGUUUUACUUCACAAAUUGAAGGAAUAGUUUUUUUAUUUAUAGAGUGAAUGCUGUUUUAUAAUUUAUAAGACUAGCAAAGAAUAUUCCUUUGAGAAAAAAAAAGAAAUAAUUUUAAAGCUUCCACAAUUGAAAAUUUAGAAAUAGAAAUCCACUUCCAAUAAUAAGUAAAUUAGCCUCUAAUAUUUACAUGAAUGCCUAAAGGACAAGUUUUUUUUUUUUUCCUCUUUUCAUGUUUUGUAUAUAAAUAUAUAAAAGUGUACACGUAUAAAUACUGCGUUAAUAUGAAAACGUCCCUUGUUAAAUAUUAUGAACAAAAAAAAGAAAAGUUUCCUCAUUGAUAAAAUUUUAUCAAUGACAAAACUAUUUUUUUUUCUAUCUAAUUAUAUAAUACGAAUGGUGCAAGUUGCGCACUUAAUAUAUGUUAGCGAGAAUGACUAAGUUUUUUUUGUUGUGUUAUGUCCUGGGCAGAGAAUUACUGUUGUUUUUUUGUUCUCUUUUUGAUAAAAGGAAAAAUAGCAACAGACCACGACUGCAUAAGAGUAAUUCAUAAUUAUUAACCAAAAAAUACAUUGACCUACCAUGUUCUUUAUGUAUGUAUGUAAUAAAAUUUUCAAUAUAAGAAUAUAUUGAUUAUUGGUAAGGUAA